CAUUUUUACAUUCUCUUUUUUCUUACACAUUCUUACACUUUCUUUCAUCUUACACAUUCUUACAGAUUUUUACAUUCUUUUUUUUCUUACACAUUUUUACACUCUCUUUCUUUUUACACUAUCUUUCCUAUUAUACUUUCACAUUCACUUUCCUCUUACACUCUCACAUUCUCUUUACUUUUUUUAUUUUAUUUUUUCUCAGGACUUUUACUUUUAUUUACACUCUCUUUCUUCUUAUCUUCCUUCUUUUUUCUCCAAUAAAUUAUGUAAAAUAAAAAAAAAGAAAAUUUUGAUAAAAUUGAACAUAAAUAUUAUCGUGUGAUUAAGUAAAUAACAGCUAACAUAAAUGUUAUCAAAAUAUGUAUUAGCUAACAAACAUUGCACUAUCUAACAAGAAUGUAUCUGCUACUUACAAUUAUUUUCUAACAAGUUUAUGCACCGGAGGAAGUCCAAGGAUGAGAACGAAUUUCCUCGGCACGAGAAGUAUCAACAUAGACCAGACGAUGACCUAAGACAAUCAUUUAACUACAGAGAUAACAAAUAAAAAGUAUCAAUUACUACACAAAUAACAAAUCAUUGAUCAGAUAAAAACCAUUUACCAAAAAACAAUUAACUCGCAAAUUACGUAUCAAUCCAAUUUUCAUAUACCAAAUCAAGUUUCAAAUAAUAUACAAGCCAACAAACAAUUUAUCGAUAUCAAACUAUGUAUCAGCUAACAAAACAUGUAACAUUUCCAACAAGUAACAAAUCAAUUAUCAGUUAAUAAACUAUUUCUCAGUUAACAUAUUAACUCACUUAUCAAAUCAUUUAUAAAUUACACAACCCAUAUAUCAAUUAUAGACAAGUCUUUUGUAAUAUCAUACGGAACAUUUAUCAUUAAUUUGUUAUGAAGCUAUGUAUCCGCUAACAUCACAUGUAUCAUGUAACGAAUUAUUUAUCAAAUAGUAAAUCAUUUCGUGAGAAAAAUAUAUCAAGUCAAAACCAUGUUUCAACUAAUUUAUCAGCUAAAAACCAUAUGUGAAAUAGCUAAAAAUAAAAGAAACUUGGUUCGAACACAAAAAUUGGUUUUUACCACAUAGAUUUGUAAUGACGUUGGAGAUAACUAAAAUAAAAGAAACUAAUGAAAAUAUAGUGAAAUUUCAAAGUGAACUGAAUGAGAUUUUUAGAGAUUGACACGAAAAUCUUAUAUUAAAAUUAGAAAACAUAAAAUGUAGUUCGUGUAAGUUAGAGGAGAAGAAAAAAAAUUAGGAAAAAAUAAAAUGAUAAAGAAAUAAGAGAGAAAUAAGAGAGAAAUGAUAAAAAAGAGUUAGUAAAAAACACAUCUAUCUUGUAGACUAACACCGCACUGGCUGACGCACUGUACCGGCUGACCCAGAAGAAAUAGUAGAAGGAAGGGAUAUUUUCGAAAUGAAAAUGAGUUUAGACAAGAGAUGGGUAGUAGUUCCCUAAUAUAGGUUGGUUUUAGGGGUACAUGUGCCAAUGAAACUCAUUUUUUUAUUUUCUUUGUAUUUUUGACCCUAUAACUAACUAAAUGUUAUAUUUUGCCCAUAAUUUUAACUUCUAUGUCUCUCUCCAUUGCAUAGACAACAAUCUAUCUGGUUCUAAUCUUCUUAUGUAUUAUUGUUAAAUUCAAACGGGUCGUAUUUAGAGAUUCUCCGAUUAAAUACAUGCAAAGAAAUAAUUUUCUCCUGGUUUUGAAUAUGACACAACCGAAACAAUUAUGGAUCAUCAUCAUCAUCAUUCUAUUUUGAUGAAUGAAGAAGAAAGUGUAAGUUGUAUUUUAAGGAUGCAAUGCAACGGAAGAACCUGUUGUAACUUUACCAAUAAGGCAAUAAACACGGACUUUUGGUCAACUUCAAUAAAAUUUGUUAGCUAAAAUAAUAGAAGGGUAGUCUAUAAAAUGACCCCUUUGUGUAAAGUGAUAUGAACUCUCUUGUUUGAAACAGCAUCACACAUCGUUUCACAAGUUUCAAUAACAGAUACUACAGCUAAUAAAUAUAAAUCUGUAUGUAUUGAGCUCUCAAUCAAAUGCAAUUAUUAACGUAAAUUAGGCAAGUUAAUUGCGCGUGGCUUAAUACAUAAUGCAACAGAAAAUAUCGUAGAGAAACAGUAGAGUAUCGUAUAGGUCAGGAAAUGACCAAUAGGAAACACAAGGGAAUGGUGUUGACCUUAAUUUCUGACGUAAAGUUUGUACAAAUAACGUUGACCUAUCUCCACGGCUUUCUUAACUAUAAACAAACACUAAAUCUAAUAUUUGCAGACGUCUUUCACCAUUUAAUUUAUUCAAGAAUUUUCUUUAGUGGUUCGAUUUAUUCCCACAAUUCACUAGUUCGGUUUACCAAUGAUAUAAUGACUAAGAUAAUCGUUUCAAAGACUAUAUUAAUUACAUAUCCAUGCAAAAACAUAUGCUUGAUAAUUUGAUAAACCAAGUUAUCAUAUCAGUGGACAUCACGAUUCAAUUUCCACUCUGCAUGCGUUUGAUCAUUGCAUAUAUUGGAUUCUUCCCAAAUGUUAAGUUUUAGCCUAUUAAAUAUAUUUUUUGAACUUUAUAUAACCUAGUAAGUAGUAACUUGGAACAUGUUCCUGCAGACCAAAAGUAAAAGAAAAACAUAUUCCUGCAGAAGACUAAUUAAAUUGACUUUUGAUUUAAGAUAUUUUUAGUAAGGAAAUAUAUUUCCAAUUAGAAAACUUAUUUUUGUCUCGUAUUAACAUUAAGUUGUUACACAUUAAAUCAAAACUCACACAACAAAUCUACUUGACUGAUAUGGACAGAAGGCUGGUAGCGAUGAAGAAAGGAACUUAACCUUGCUAAAAUCGCUCUCAUAUUUCUCAAAAAGAAAACUAUUGUAUAUAUCUUUUGUCAAUGCUUAUUAAGUGUUUUCUAAGUUUCUUGACUUAAUUCAUCUUAAUAUUUUAUUCCUACAAAUUACAAUGUAAAAAUGGCCUUCAAUUAUAUAAACAAUAUAUAGUCCGGUUGAUUGGGCGUAUGAAGGUCGACUUGUAAUAUUCAAGUUAAAGCAAGUGUCUAUUAGAGGAUGUAUAAGUUCAAUUUGCUUAAUUUAGAAAUAUAAACCAGUGGCUCGUGUGGUUUUCACGACAAAUGAAAUUAGAACUUAAAAAUAAAUAAACAAAUAUAACUAAAAUGGACGCCUUUGCUUCUCCUUGCAUCUCGCCCGAAUCGUCUCAGACCGGCACAUGAGGCGAAGCGAUGGAUUCAGUCAUGGUUCGCCACGCAUAUAAACGUAAAGUGUCUAUUUACCCAUCUUUUUUUUUUUGCAAAGCUUCUAACGACUCUGUUCUCCUUGUUUGUAAGCUGGUAUAUAUAUAUAUAUAUAAUUUUUUUUCAUUGACCAAAUACUUCUUUUUGUAACUUGACUAAAUCAGAAAGCCAAUAUAGGUAAAGAACCAAGAUAUAAUCAGAAUCAACAAUUCCAAUGAUAGUUCUUUCUCUUUUUUAUUAACAUGCAUUUAGUUUUCUUUUUUGUUUAGACAUGCAUUUAGUUUAAAACAAGAGAAAUAAGAAAUGAUUGCACAAGCCCAUCAGAAUUAUAGCAACAUAAUACUAAUGCUGUACUACGUUAUUACCAGACUAUGCCUUUGAUUAAAUCACAUAUUACACAUAAGUUUUUACUCCAAUUAACCCUCCUAAUUACCCUCCUAAUUUCAGUUGUAUAAACGCGUAUGUGCACCUCAACGUACGCAUGUGCAUGUCCAUGAAAUAGUAUUCAGCUGAAAGAAAAUAUGAUAAUCAACCCCCCCCCCCCCCCCCCCCCCUCCCCCCCACCACAAAAUAUCGAUCGCUUGAAACCUUUCUUUACCUUUUUCACCACAUUUCACGCGUCAACUCGUCUAGAUCACAGCUAUAAACCCUAAGUCCACCUUCUUCCCAAUUUCUCACAACACAAUUUCUCUCUCUCUCCCUCUAAAUCUCUUUUCUCUCUACAUUCACAUAAACAACAGAAGAAGAAGAAGAAGAAGAACUAUCUCUCGAACCUUAAUUAACUCAGCGAACACACUCAUACGUCAGGAGGAAAUGGUGCAAUUAAUGAAGCUACUCGUGACAAUUGCAUUAACAAUGGCAAUCACAAUCGCUAUCAUCACCACCACGACCACCAGAACCAAUACCACGACAACCGCAACAUUUGCUCUCGAUGAUCCUUUUGAGGACCAUACACCACCAGGAACGGUUAAGACCAGACCGAGUCGGUUCUUGUCAGAAAAGGUCGACAACGGUCAAGGACCUAAAGCCCGUAACCCAAAUGCAGCCGACCAUUGCAACAAGGAGCCAGAGAUCUGCAGCAGCAGCUAUUACAACACGGGAGCAAACUCUACAAUGGUUUGUUGCAACAACAAGUGUAUGGAUUUAUCAACCGACGACAAAAACUGCGGUGCGUGUAAGAACAAAUGCAAGUUCGGGCAAACAUGUUGUCGCGGUCAGUGCGUUUACGUGGCUUACGAUAAACGCCACUGCGGUGAGUGUAACCAUCGUUGCGAACUAGGCGAGUUCUGCGUCUACGGUCUUUGUAACUACGCGUGAUGAUUCAAUCAUUCAUUCACGUCACGCUCACGUAAAAAAAAACUGAUUGAAGUAUACAAUUAUACGGAUAUAAUUUAUUUACAUGGACGCUGAUUAAAAAAAGGUCGGUCCAGUUAAUUAUUUACUUAAUAAUUAAUAAAGUGUUUGUGUGUAUUUUUGGAUUCCCAUAAUGUUUUGAGGGUAUAUAAAAAGAUUAAUUUUCUACUUUAAUGUCUACGAAUAAAAUGGAACAUCCUCGUUUCCAGUCCUGCUGCUGUUUUUAUCAAGUUUUAUAUAAGAGUGUGUAUUAAGAAGAAUAAAAAGAAAAAAGAAAGUCUCCUAUUCUAAAGGCGAUAAAAAAGACGAUAUCGUUUCCACCGCUGCUUGGCCUUCGGUUCCGGCGGCGGCUGGACUUUCUCUCCUCUCUGCUUGUCUUCUCUUUGCUUCUCUCUCUUAGUCUUUCUCUCUGCUGUCGAUAUGUCUGUGAUUCUGGUGGGAUCUCAUUCGCCGGAACCCUAAAUCUACCUCGAGGAGAAAUAGAUCCGGUAGUAAGUGGUGUUUUCUCUGGAGUCUCAACGAGAUAGCAAGGUUUUACUGAGGAAAGGAGUCGGCUUUUAGGGUUUGGCUAUGGCGGAUCUCGUUUUUCCUUUUGUAGAUCUGUCUGUCGCCGAGGCGGUGAAGGCGUGUGGUGGUUGGCUCGUGCUCUCUCCUCUGGUUCUUCAUCUGGUGUGUCUUAUUGGCGAAGUCUCUUCGUUGUGGAGUGGAGUAUGUUAACCUUUUCGGAGUCAUGGCUUGGUGUCUUGUCUCGGGUCCGAGUUGUGUUACUGCUCAGGGGAGAUGACGGUAGAGUACCGUCAGCACGUACACUUGGAUACUUGCUGGUCGUGUGGCCAAGGUCUCUCUGUGGUUUCUGCGUGUGCGUUCUCUGGAGGUUCCAGCUUUUUCUGUCGUCUAUGGCAGAGUGGGUUGUGCCUUCCACGACGCUCUUCACUUGCUAGUCCGCCUCACUUACUAACCCGGGUUGUUGCUCAGUCCAUUUCGGAAAUGGUCUUGAGCUGUUUGGUACCGCUUCAUUGUCUGUUACUUAGCUUCACCAGCAAGGAGUAGCUAUGAAGCGCAAGAAGACCGUGCUAGGUUCUCUAGUUCUCGGGUCAAGGCGUCGGUUGGGGCCAUUGUUUGAGUCGUUCGGUCUUGCUCGACGGGGUGACUUGAUUAGAGUUUAAGCCAUCCCAGUGCUGGGAUUGCCUUUUGGUGAUCUUGGUAGGCUUUUCUCUAUCUUAUUGCAGGUACUAAAGACCCGGUGUGUGGUUUGUCUUCAUUGCAGCUCGUCUUGUUCGGAGGUUCUGAGUUGCUUGAUCUAUUCGUGGUAUUUGGCGCUCUAUUUCCUCCUCAGUCCACGGUUCGGUAAGGUUUCAGUGGCGUUCUUCAAGGUUUGCUAUCUCUUACCUCUUAACCGUUCGAGUCUAGUGCUUCAUGGCCAGUCAAGAUACAUGUUAUGGGGAGAUUAUCAAAAUCUAGCAACUCCAGCGAUGUCACAAGGAGUCCGGCAUCCGAGGCAACGAGGUAAACCCCACCUCUUUGUGGUCAACAUCAACGGUAGAGAACGGGGAUUGAUUUUCUGAGGAUUCCAGAGCAGAUUAGCGGAUGGCGUCGGUUAAGUGGGCGAGCGAAGCUAUUCUUGUAAUGGUUGAUUUAGAGAAAUUUUGGUUGAACCAAACUUGUAUCAAACACUGAAUUCCGGUUUAACCGGUUGAUGAAUAAUAGUAUAUAUUUCAAAAAAAAAAAAAAAA